CUAUCUCAACAUUUCCGCAGCUCCACGUGACAACUUUUAUCUUCCUCCAGUAUUUUUGAAAACCCUAUAAACUGUGUAAAUCUGCCACCAUUUCAACUGAUCCACACAUGAAAAAAAAGUCAAAACACUGGGUGCUUAUGUUGUGUGAUUAAAUUACCAUUGAACCACAAUACCUAUACGAACCUACUGGAGUUUGCCAACAAAUCUAAUCCAAGCUGUUAUACUUAUUUUUACAUACAUAAAUCAUCAUCGUCGUUGCCGUGUCGUUAAAGCCUGCAAACGCCUGUCGUAGUCCUUCGCCCCCACCCAAAGCCAUCACUCUUACGAACGGUCACGGGAUUACAAACGGAAACUGUAACGGUCAUUCUAAGGAUGCCCCACGACCAGCGGCUCGGCGAUCAUCAUCAUCAUCAUCAUCAGCAACAGGAUCAAGCGCACCAAUGCAACUGCACUAGUACUCCAGCACCCGCCACACAAUCGCUGGACGAGUUGGAGUUCGAGCGGGGUAUCUGGACAGCUGCCAUUGAUAAUGAUACAUCGAAAUUGACAACGCUCAUAGGUAGGGGACAUUUGAAUGAUAGGGACCAGUCUGGCUAUACCGCACUGCACUACGCUGCACGAUGUGGUCACCAGGAAAUUUGUCGGCGAUUGCUGGACAGUGGUAUCGGUGUUGACGAACAAACGCAUGGAGGGGCAACGGCACUGCAUAGGGCCGCUAUGAUGGGUCACUCGAAAAUAGUCAAACUUCUUUUGGAACGCAAAUCGAACCCGCUGCUCCAGGAUAGUGAUGGUAAAACUGCGCUCCAUCGUGCCGUCGAACGUGGUCAUCUGGAAACGUGUCAAAUAUUGCUGGAAAACCACCGGGCAGCUGCCACUAUCCGAGAUAACAAGGGGAAUACUCCGCUAGAACUGAUCAGUGUCACCUCACCCCACAAACAGCAGUUUGAUAAAUUAUUCAGCGUUUGAUACACAAAUAAAAAGCCGUUUGAAGAGUUCGCUUCUCUGUUGUAAGCACAACUUUAAUCGAUGUACAUUUUCUUAAGUUUUGAACAACAUGAAGCACGUGUUUGAGCUUCCGCUCUAUCCCGGCUCCCGCGCAUUGGAAGCACUUUACUGCUGUAGCAACAAAAUAAUAACUAGCGAUUUGUGAUAGUUGCUCAGAAGGUAUUGCAUUAGUAAAGCAGAAACAAACAAAAAAUCACCGGCAUCGUACAGAAUUUUAGAAAUCAUCGAUGUUAUUAUCACCCUCAUGUUUUGCAUAGUUUUAUGAUAUCCGGACCUAUUUCCUCGAAAAAGUAAAUAUCCUAUAUUUUAAAGUGUUUUAUAAAGUGAUUAUUUUAGAAGGAUGUUUCACGGUCACAGAGUUUGUUGCAAAAACCCUUUGUACUGUUGAGAGAUGAAAAAAAAGCAAAAAUAGGCAAGUCAGUGUGUUUAGUUUGCACACGUUUUCUUGUAGUUAUUAGAUAUGUUGAUGUGGAAUAAAUGUGUAUCUAAAGUGA